AUGGUUAGACGAUGUGUCGCAGCAUUCUGUGAUAAGACUGCUAAGGAAGGCGUAAGUCUUUUUCAAUUUCCGAAAGACCCUGAAGGAAGACGAAUAUGGGCGGAGCAAGUGAGAAGAACGAGAGAUCGCUGGCAAUGCCCGAGUGAUUCUUCCGUCUUGUGCAUUCGCCAUUUUGAAGCAGACUGCUUCGAAGAUCGACCAAGGCUGUACGAACAGUUUGGUAUAGGCUUACGCGCUCCAAAAUUGAAGCAGAACGCUGUACCAACUUUAUUCAAGAGGACUAGCAGCAGCGUGUGUAGCAACGACGGAGACAGUGCGCCGAGGGCUGAGCAGUUAGAACAGCCAAGAAGGAAGAGAUUGGCAUAUGAAAAACGCGAAAGAGUAAAAAAUCUUCUAACUGCAGACAGCGAGUUUGACAACAUGGGAAAUACCAGUAAUCAUACUAUGGGCAGCAGUGACGACCAUAUGGACAGCAAUGAAGAGGAAAUUGAUCAAGAAAAAUGUUCCAUGAAAGGCGUGGGAAUCCAAACUGAGAGAGUGGCCACAAUAGACGUGAAAAUACAGGUUCGACCUGCUACUAGAAGUAGAGGUGUACAAGCACUGAAACAGCCAAUAAUGCGAGAGGUCGGUGUCCAGUACUCUCUUAUAUCUGCAACACCAUUGCACAUUGCACUGCUACAUGCUGCAACAGAUAUUUGUGAUAAUGUCAGUGACAUUAAGGCAACAAAGGCAUGUGAGACAGAAGUCAUGGAAGUAGAAACAGAAAUUGAGACUGAAACAGAAAUUGACACUGAAACAGAAAUUGAAACUGAUUAUGGAAGUCAGGAACAUAUCCAUAAACAUAAUACGGAUUUUGAAAGACAAGUGCAUUUACCUCUUAAUCUGCAGAAAAAGUAUUUUCUGUUUGAAGACGCUCUACUCAAAAAAUGCAACUACAUUGGAUAUUUUUGCAAAUAUGAAUUAGCACAAGAUGCAAUUCAUUUAUCGCAAAUGAGACACGAACAGUUGAUUUAG